CCCCACCCCACCCCUCACCCAGCGACACUCAACGACCAUCACAAUUAUUCAAUCCUCGCAUUUGCAGCGCCCACAAACCCGCGAAGAAAGGAAGGAAGAGAAGCUGCUCCCGAUGGAGAACGCCGACGCCCCUCCCGCCGCCGUGAAGCCGUCGCUGUCCAAGAAGCCCUCGCCGUCGUUCCGCCUCCGGAACGGCAGCCUCAACGCGCUGCGGCUGCGCCGCGUGUUCGACCUCUUCGACCGCAACGGGGACGGCGAGAUCACCCUCGACGAGAUGGCCUCGGCGCUCGACGCGCUCGGCCUCGGCGCCGACCGCGCCGGCCUGGAGGCCGCCGUCGGGGCGUACAUCCCGGCCGGCGCCGCGGGGCUCCGCUUCGGCGACUUCGAGUCCCUCCACCGCGCGCUCGGGGACGCGCUGUUCGGCCCCAUCCCGGAGGCGGUGCCCGAGGAGGACGAGGAGGGGGACAUGAAGGAGGCGUUCCGCGUGUUCGACGAGGACGGCGACGGCUACAUCUCGGCCGCCGAGCUCCAGGCCGUGCUCAAGAAGCUCGGCCUGCCCGAGGCGCGGAACCUCGCCACGGUGCAGGAGAUGAUAUGCAACGUCGACAGCGACCGCGACGGCCGCGUCGACUUCGGCGAGUUCAAGAACAUGAUGCAGGGGAUCACCGUGUGGGGCGCCUAGCUGCAGCGCCCCUGCGUUGCCAGCCCUCUACUGCGUGUUGACAUGUUCUGCAGCACCUAAAGACUGGAGGAGGAGCAACCACAACAUCAGUAACUUGUGCCACGUUUUAAAGUACUAAGGGUUGUGUUAGUUUGGUAGCUUGGGAAUAGUCAUGGUGUGUGUCGUCAGAAUCCAGUUGAUGACUUGUGAUUUCAGUGUGUUCUAAGUUCUAACUGUGGUGGUCACGUCCACCACUGAUGUAGGUACUGUGCUUCUCUCGUGUCUGAUGUCUCCCUUGCUCUAAUAAACCAUCUGAACAUUAGACAUUCAGUUUAUUUAUCCACUUGAAUUAUUAUGAACACGAUUUCUGCAUUGUCA